AUGUACUUUAAUUACGACGAAGAGGAGGAGGAAGGACUAAAAGUAAGCAGUGAUACCGAGGAAACUAGUGAAGAAGUGCACUCUCGUCUAGCACUCGGCCUUCUCAGGAUCAGGUGCAGCUGGAAGAAAAGGCCCACCCAUAAAUUGACAAUACCUAAGGAGCUCAUAAAAUCUGGCGAGGCCAAGGAGGAGGAAGACGUCGACGGGAUGGUGUCCAAAAUGUCCCGAAAUCGUUGGCAGGUGGCCGUGGGUAUGGUUAUGGGAAUGGCGAAAAUGGCCUCGCACAAUAUCCAAGAUGAGCACGAACCGUUCUGCGUUGGGGAUAUCUCGUUUGAUCUCAACUUUUUCAAGGCGAACAAAAACAUCAUCGUCCUAUCGGCUGAUUCUAAAUUCGUCCUGAGCCAAAUACCCGAGAAGCGCACGAAAGAGCAAAUAGACGAUGUCAUUAAGAAUCUCUAUUGUAUCGGCAUCAAGUCUUUUAAUGAUUAUCCGAAGGCUGUCCAGCAGAAGCUUAUCCGAGUCGCACGAUACGAAGUGGUCACUCCCCAACGGGUCAUCGUCCGACAAGGUUGUCCUGCUGAGAAUCUCUACUUCUUGAUUAACGGCAGCGUAUUGAUCGUGAAAAGGAUACGUAACACUAGGAAAAACAUAGAUUUGGAGAAGUCGUCAAUUUUGCAGAAAGGGGCCACUUUUGGGGAGCUGGAAAUGGUUAAUCGUAUUCAAAGGAGUGCUACGGCUAUUAGUUAUAGCAACGUCCAGCUUCUCAGUAUCGAAUGUGGUGAGUUGCACAGCGUCUUUACGACUCGUCAAAGCAAGAUAGAGCUUCCGGAUCACGUGAAGUUCUUAAAAAAAUGUAAGUUUACCGCUCUUUGGCCAGUAGAGCUCCUGUCGGACAAUCUGGAUUUUUGCGCGCCUUACUUCUUCAAAUGUAACACACUAAUGGUAGAAGACAUUGAAAAGACUGACUGGAUCUUCGUCAUACGCUCGGGCCUCUGCCGGGUGAUCCGAAAACUGUGGAAGCCCAUCUGGAAAUUGCCCAUGCGAUACGAACUGAUCAAGCAAGAUGCCGCACUGGGAACUGAGGAGAAUUUGUUUCGAAAGCGGUUUGCUCUCUAUUACCCAUUAGAUUCAAAGACUUGUCGAAUAUUUGCCGGUAAGGCGCAUUUGAGGAAAGCGUUUGCACAGGGCAAAGCGGCCGUUGCUGGGAGAGUAAAACACACGAAAAGGAUGGGAAAAAAAUUUCCCAAAUCGGAAACAUCAAGGGAUCCUUCGUUGGGAAACAGAAACCGCGUUUUGACAAAUGACAAAGCAGGCGCUAAAAGCCAAACGAAAGGGGAAGACAAAAGUGUCCCUCAGAGAAACACUAAUGUCAAUAAAGUAGGCGAGAAACAAACUUUAGAAAAUGGUGAGUAUCAGUUCAAGCUGGAACAGGAGUUCUUGGCGAUUGGGACUCAUGAUGACAAAGAAACCGAGAAACAAGACGACUUGGGAAGCGGCGAAGGAGAUGAGUACGUCUACAUACAGAUUGACACUCUGAGGGCUUACGACGUAUUUGGACUGGAUACACUUGUCUUUGACAAGUACUACGACCAGCCCCAUCACCCUGGUCUUGGUUUAGUCAGCACCAGCGACGAGAGGGGCGUCGAGGUGGUUUUGUUGUCAAAGAGUUACUUUGUUGAACACGCCUCCGAGCAUGUAGCAUGGCGCGUACGUAAGAUGGCCAAGAGUUAUCCGGAAGCGAGAUUAUUGGAGCAAGAGAUCGAACGACACAGGAUGUGGACCAUCUAUAAGAAGGACGUCAUCACAGAAGUCUUGGAGAAAAAAUUAAAAAUGCCUAAAACUGGUCGAUGGAAAUGA